CCAUGUAAUCUCGUUGGGCACCAGCAGUGAAAUCCUUCUGUCCAAAAUGGUUUAUGGUGAAUUUUUCCGCAGACCUGGCAAAGAUGCAGAACUUAUCCAUUUGAACGUGGGUGGUUUUAAGCAGUCAGUGGAUCAAAGCACCUUGCUCAGAUUUCCUCACACCAGGCUUGGGAGGCUCCUCAAAUGCCAUUCAGAAGAGGCCAUUCUAGAGCUGUGUGAUGACUACAGUGUUGCAGACAAGGAAUAUUACUUUGACAGGAACCCUUCCUUGUUCCGAUACGUCCUGAAUUUUUACUACACGGGCAAACUUCAUGUCAUGGAAGAACUUUGUGUCUUCUCCUUCUGCCAGGAAAUAGAGUACUGGGGGAUAAACUGGGAUCAGAAGAGCAAUGACAGAAGCAUAGACUCCUCUAACGAAGAGUCAUCCGUAUUUGAUAAAGAGCUGGAAAAGUUUGACAAUCUGUGUUUUGGUGAAAUAAGAAGGAAGAUCUGGGUCAGAAUGGAAAAUCCUGCACACUGCUUGUCUGCCAAGCUAAUUGCCGUGUCAUCCCUGAGUGUUGUCUUGGCAUCCAUCGUGGCCAUGUGCAUUCACAGCAUGCCAGAGUUCCAGAGGCUGGAUGCCAAUGACAGGGAGAUUGAAGACCCUGUGCUGGAAGCUGUGGAGAUUACGUGCAUCAUCUGGUUCACUGCUGAGUUAGUGAUCAGGCUUAUCGCUGCUCCCAGUCAGAAGAAGUUCUGGAAGAAACCACUGAAUAUUAUUGACUUUGUCUCCAUCAUCCCAUUUUACGCCACCUUGGCCGUGGACACCAAGGAAGAGGAAAGUGAAGAUCUUGAAAACAUGGGGAAAGUUGUUCAGAUCCUGCGGUUAAUGAGGAUAUUUCGCAUCCUGAAACUGGCCAGGCACUCCGUGGGGCUGAGGUCUCUAGGUGCCACUUUGAGACACAGCUAUCAGGAAGUUGGGCUCCUGCUUUUGUUCUUGUCCGUGGGGAUUUCUAUUUUUUCAGUGCUUGUCUACUCAGUGGAGAAAGAUGAUGACUCGUCAGAGCUGCACAGCAUCCCCAUUUGCUGGUGGUGGGCAACCAUCAGCAUGACCACUGUUGGUUAUGGGGACACUUACCCAGUCACACUUGCUGGGAAGCUGCUCGGCACCCUGUGCAUUAUCUGUGGGAUACUUGUGGUAGCACUUCCAAUCACCAUUAUUUUCAAUAAGUUUUCAAAGUACUAUCAAAAACAGAAAGAUAUUGAUACAGACCAAGGCAACAACGAUCACAAAGAGAAAUGUAACGACCUACCUUACUUUAACAUUAGAGACAUCUAUGCAAAAAAGAUGCACUCCUUCAUCUCUAGCCUUUCUUCAGUAGGAAUUGUGGUCAGCGAGCAAGACUCAACAGAUGCCUCCAGCAUCCAAGAGAUGGAGGAUGUUUAUAACACAACAUCUUUAGAAAAUGGUACAGGAAAAUGA